ACCAGAUUGAGAAAGUGGUGUGCCAAAGUGACUUCGAACAAGGCGUUCGAUUACACGAUCCUCUUCUUCAUUACGCUGAACUGCAUCACCCUAGCCAUGGAGAGGCCUGACAUCCCGAAUGACAGUGCCGAACGACAGUUCUUAACGAUUUCAAACUACAUAUUCACGUUUAUAUUUCUUGUCGAAAUGAUUGCCAAGGUAACUGCAAAGAGUCUCCUGAUCGGAAGGCACGCGUAUUUAAAGAGUGGCUGGAAUGUUAUGGAUGGGAUCCUGGUGGCGAUAUCUCUAUUCGAUGUUGGUGUGACCAUCAUUGACAGCAGUAGUAGGCAUAGUUUUGGCAUCUUGAGGGUUUUUAGACUGCUACGAACUUUAAGACCUCUGAGGGUUAUCAGUAGGGCACCGGGUCUUAAAUUGGUGGUCCAAACCCUGCUAUCCUCUCUGAGGCCAAUCGGAAACAUUGUACUCAUAUGUUGCACAUUUUUUGUCAUCUUUGGCAUACUCGGCGUCCAAUUAUUCAAGGGAACAUUCUACCACUGCGAGGGCCCUGACAUAAAUGACGUCAUCAACAAGACGGACUGUAUGAACAAGGGCCAGCCCUAUCGGUGGAUUAAUGCCAAAUAUAAUUUUGAUAACUUGGGGCAGGCGUUAAUGGCCCUGUUCGUGUUGGCCUCGAAGGACGGCUGGGUCAACAUCAUGUACACUGGCUUGGACGCCGUCGGGGUUGAUCUCCAGGUAAUCGUAAUUAUCAUAAUUUAUGCUAAUUAUUGCUCUAUAUUUUUACUUUAUAUUAUAAUAAUUUAUUCAUAA